CAAGACACACAUUUGAUCUUUUCUUCACAUAGAAUCCCAAAGACUAUCAUGGCAUAUCAGAAAGAUUACCUUCUCAAGGCUGCACAAGACUUCUCACUAAUAGAUCAAUGCUUUCGCAGGCAUCAUCAGCACACAGAAGCAGGCCUCAUUCCUCUCAAGGGGUGGACUACUCCUACUGGGUAUCCUGAAUAUACUCAUAAUGUUCAGUGCUGGAAUCCUGCACAAAGUAGAACAAAUUAUGUAAAGCAGGCAGAUGUAAAUCUGAUGGAAACUCAAGGCCAGAAUUGGAGAAAUCAUCCCUGGAUAUAUACAGUAAAAGAGCCUGCAACCAUAGAUUGUUUUGGAAAUCGCAUGAAUGAAAAGCCCCGGCUUUCUGAAGCUGCAGGAGUGACUCUGAUGAACAGAAAUGAAACAGCUAAGCUCCAUGGUGGGAUCGUUACAGAUUAUGGUAGGAAAUGAAACGCUUCAGUGGGGUUAUUAGCCUUUCAAUCGCUCUAGUUACUUAAUUGGGUAUAAAUUUCCAGAUAAAGU